CAACACAGUAGCUUAACUUAUGUUUAAUGUAAACCACCGGUCUUCGAUAGGCUCAGAGUUUCCUAAAAGGAAUUUCGCGAACGGAAGAGAGAGUAAACAAAUAUUUUCUUGGUGAAAAUAAACGAGAGAUUUCGGAAUUAACCUGACAUGAACCAUUUUAUAGCAAGGGCGAUUGUAAUUAUUGUUGGUACAUAUAUGGAUAAAGUGACAGAAACUUCAGGAUAUAUUCAUCCCACAAAUAUCGACCUCUAUCCUGGUCGUUUCGUCGGAACAGGUAGUGUUCGGCAGUUAUACAGCUCCAGAGCCAUAGAACUCGAAUGUGAUUUUGCAGAAUCAAACAUUCAACUUGUUUCCAACGUAGUUUGGGAGAAGAUUGAAGGGCCUUAUCCCUACGCUCACAAUUCACCUUCUUAUGAAUGUCCCAGAUGUUCUAUUCGUCAUAUCGAUAUUGACAACUAUCGCUACAACGUCAGAGACUUACAAGAUAGUUCCUUUCUUCGCAUCAAAGACGUUUUAAUUGAUGAUUAUGGCGUUUACCGCUGCAGUGGCACGUCACAACUUUCCCGUUCUGGAGAUACGGAAACAGUUUACAAGAUUGUGGAAUUUUUUCAGUAAUCUGCAUAAAAACUCGCAACUUUCACUAAAAUUGUUUAAGUUUUCGUGAUAUUCAAGACGUCUAAUGUGUGAGAUAAAUUGUGUAGCAAAAAUUUAAAUGUACUCUUAGCAUAUAUUUAGGUUUCUAAAAGUAUUAC